GCUAGCGACGAGACCUUGCCGAACCUCGUGAAGAAAGUGGUUGGGGUGCGAUCCACCCUGAAACGUUGGAGCCUGGCUGAAGACUUCGACAGCUGCUUGUGGGACAUCUUCGAACCAUGGUACCGAGAGCUGAAGACGGGCUCCCUGGAAAAACGCACGGCGGCGGCGGAGUUUGCGAUUGCCUAUACCGAGCAGCUAAAGAUCUCGGUGCCCAAGUGGCUCCUGGAUAAGGAUCAGGUGACGGUCCUUCGCUUGCUGAAAGAAGCGGUGGAGAGUGGCAAGGAACAGGCUCUCCGAGAGGCGGUGGUCGCAGCGAAGCAGACGGACUUCACAGGGGCGGACGAGAGCUUGUCCUCGGCACUGACCAGCAAGUACGAGGAGGCUUUAGGUAAGCUUCGGCACUUAAAGCGCUUGCCAUCGGGCUGGGAAGUGACUGACCUUGUUGGGGACGACGCCUCUAUGAAGAUGUUCAAGAAGGCCGAUCUGGACGAUCCCAGUCUGAAGGAGAAAUUUCAGCAACUCUUCGACAAGACCAUGAAGGCCAGCAUCGUGACGAGGGACCGGGCUGCUCGCGGCGCUGGCGAGAUGCCACGUGGCUACCGGGUGGAAAAGAUUGUCUCCGUCAUGAACGCUGAGAGUUGGAAGUCGUAUCAAGAACGACAAGACUUCAUCGCACGGGAUUGCCUGCGAUAUCCGGGUUGUGCUCCGAUGAGCGAUGCCGCGUGGGCGGAUUGGAGUGGCAAAGUUCACACCGCAGCCCAUGGCAACGCCAUUAUGGAAGGCGCGCACCUUCCGUCCCUGAACGCCGGGGCCAAUGAGUUCCUCAUGUUUCACGGCACCAAACCCGAGGCAGCUGAUCUCAUCGCGAUGAAUCAUUUCGACAUGGCCUUCGCGUGCAAAACUGGGCUCUUUGGUGCGGGGCUCUACUUUGCAGAGAACUCCUCCAAAAGUGAUGAGUAUGUCAAAGGAGAUCACAAAGGAUGGUAUCCGAUGAUUCUUUGCAGAGUGACCUUAGGGCGCGUCUACUACUGCGCCAACGUGGACCCCACCACAGAUCCGGGACGAGACAAGCUGGAAGCCGCGUGCACUGGCGGCGCGUACCACUGCGUCCUGGGAGAUCGAGUGAAAGCGCGUGGCACCUAUCGUGAAUAUGAUCAGGAACGCUCCAUGAAACACAUGGUGGAGGAGCGGGUUCAGCAAGAAUUGGAGACACUUCUUCGGUCGGAGCUGAUGAGGGCACAAGCGGCGAUGGAACAACGCGUCCGCCAGCGGGUCUGUGUGAUCUUUCGACAGGAGGUCGAAACGACCCUGCGGAAGAUGCAGGCGCAACUGGAUGACAUGGUGAAGGAGAACAAUUUGCUUCGGGAUGCCUUUGCCGAGGCCAAUUUGCGGUCCAAAUGCUUCUACUGGGCAUUAAACCCAGCAGCCUUGCAGACCUCCUCGGCCCUGCUCUGCGGAUUGCCUUCGAAGGUCCUGCUGUCCUUGCGGUGGCGGACCGCGCUGGCAGCGAGCCAUCCUGAGAUCUCAACGGAGCUUUGAAGGGCAGCGAAAGACGCGACCCAAAAGACGGUGUGCGAAGGGAAACACCUGGGCAAAAACCUGGGCAAA